GCUGUUCAAGAGGAGCUUUUUUUGUGACGGUGAGGAACUCAUCGAUCUCGACGACCAUGACCAAGAACGUCCGCGCCAGCUACAUCCUCGGCACCACCUUCAUCGCCGCUGUCGAGAAGAAGAAAUGGGGGCACCAGAACUGUUGGGGCUACCACAUCGUCGCCCUCUCCAACGACGUCACCAUCAUCGAACGCCUAUCCAAGACGCCCACCCUAGAAGCGAUUGAUCUCGCCUUUCGCCCUACUGCCGGGGUCGGCGCUUCUUCCAACUGCCCUGGCACCAACGAAAAACGAAAGGAUACAAUUGCCAUCCGCUAUUUCCAUCGGAACGGAGGCUGUUCAAGAGGAGCUUUUUUUGUGACGGUGAGGAACUCAUCGAUCUCGACGACCAUGACCAAGAACGUCCGCGCCAGCUACAUCCUCGGCACCACCUUCAUCGCCGCUGUCGAGAAGAAGAAAUGGGGGCACCAGAACUGUUGGGGCUACCACAUCGUCGCCCUCUCCAACGACGUCACCAUCAUCGAACGCCUAUCCAAGACGCCCACCCUAGAAGCGAUUGAUCUCGCCUCUCGCCCUACUGCCGGGGUCCGAUCCCCAUCCCGUUCCCGCGCCGACUCUUCUGGAGAAGAACCCGAAGAAGAAACCAACGACGACUACCCCGACGACAAACCGGACCCCGACUUUGCCCCCGGCGACGAAGGGGACGACAACGAAGACAACGACGAAGACGACGACGACACUGACGAUGCCGACAACGACGAUGCCGACAACCGCGGCAACGGCGACAACGACGAUGCCGGCUCCGACUAUGCCGACUCCGAUAACGCCGCCUCCGACGACGGCUAUGACACCGAAUGGUGUUUCCGUUUAUCUGCCUUCCUUUGUUCGUUUGUUUGCCCUGAAGUCGGCCACCUCUCUGCAUCAUAGUGUCCGCUUCGGUGUUUUCCCGCGUAUGUUUUGGGUGUUUGAUCGCUGUUGCUUUCGCGUGUCUUCGGCUGUCUUUUCUUGAGUACUUUUGAUUGUGUCCAUCUUGAGUGCUGUUCUACGAAUCUUCAUGCCAAACGAUCGUUGAGCGUACUUUGGUACCACGUACCGUUGUAGCUUAACAACCGUUGGCCCAAACGAUCGAUUGAUUGUAGUUUUGCAUCGUUUUCUGCACGGACCAUUGAAUUUUUCUGCCCCCAUUUUGAGUUGUCGAUCCACGCUAUCGUCGACUAUCUUUGUCGAUGAAUCUGAUUGAGCAUUGUUGCUCCACAUCAUCGUGUUCGCUGGGAAUGUUCUUAUCUUUUCCACGUGCCUUCGCUAAACUGGUUUCCAAUUUAAUUUUCGUUCUUCACGUUUGUUGGGUAUGUGAUUUCCGCUUCAUUUUGUGAUUCCCUGUACUCGUCCAAAAUUUCCUUCUAUUCUUGUGAAUUUUGUUCCACAAUUCAAU